CGCAAGCAGCAGAGCAGGAGAGAAUGUCUCUGGAGCUGGAGGAGAACGUCCCCACCACUGAUGAGGAGGAGGAAGAGGAGGAUGAAGGGGAGGAGGACAGCCCCAAGAGGUCUUCCAGGAGGAAGAGGGGGGCAGCCGCCGCCGCCGCUUCAUCAGGGGCUUCUAAGAAGAAGGGCAAGAAGAAGAAGAACCAGCCGGGCAGAUACAGCCAGCUGGUGGUGGAGACCAUCAGGAAGCUGGGCGAGAGGAACGGCUCCUCCCUGGCCAAGAUCUACGGCGAGGCCAAGAAGGUGUCCUGGUUUGACCAGCAGAAUGGUCGCACCUACCUGAAGUACUCCAUCAAGGCGCUGGUGCAGAACGACACCCUCCUGCAGGUCAAGGGGGUGGGGGCCAAUGGCUCCUUCCGCCUCAACAAGAAGAAGCUGGAGGGAGGGGGGCCCCCUGAAAAGAAAGCGGCUCCUGCCCCCAAACCUGCGGCCAAGAGGACUACAAGCGCCAGCAGCACCCCGAAGAAGAGCCACAAGAAAGCAAAGCCCAAGAAGGUGAAGCCCAAAAAGAGCAGCGGAAGCCCCCCCAAGGCCAGCAAGAAGAAGGCCGGGGGCAAGAAGGUGAAGAAGGCGGCCAAGCCCAGCGUCCCCAAGGUGCCCAAAUCCAAGAAGUCGUGAAAGCAACAGCUCGCCGGUGCGCAGAGCCCUCCCCCGCUGGAUGCAUUGUAGCCGCCGCCGCUUUGAUACAAUGUAUCGAGCUGUCAUUCCUUUUGGAACUUUGAAACAAUCGGCGCUUUCUGAUUGGUGGGAGGGCGGCGGUCACCCUAGCGAUGGCGUUCCGUGGGCGGGGCCAGUUGUUGUGACGUAGCAGCAAGGAGGCGGGGCGGCCUGGACAGUACUCGGGUGUCUUUUCUCCGCCAUUAUUUUUCGCUGGUUGUUUGUUCCAGUUUUUUUUGUGCUGCUUUUUUUUUUAUUUUACAUUUUUUUAUAUUUUGCACAUUAUUUUUUUUAUGAUGGAUUUUGUGUCCGGUUAUUUUUUAUUUAUGUUGAAUUGAAAAAAAACAAACAAAAAAAAACGUUCAUUUGUGAUGAA